CCUGUAGGUAAAUUAUUAUAAUGAGAUGAUGGGCGUAUGGGAACCACUGCUGGAGCCGCUUGAUGAUGAGGAGAAAGAUGGCUUCAGACCAUGGACUCUAGCGAUGAAGAUGAAGAAAAAGCCAGUAUCAUUUUCUGAAGUAUCUGACGAGGUGGACGGCAGUGUGCCUGAUUAUAAAACAGUCAUCAGCUUCACGAGUAAAGACCAGCUUAACAUCACCCUCUCCAAGUGUGGCCUCCACAUGCUGAGCAAUCUAGGAACGGCAUUUGCAGAGGCCACUAAGCAGACCGCUGAAUGCUUUCAGAAGGACCAGGCACCGUUUGUGGUGAAGAAUCGUUUGGGUUUGCCAGUGGCAGUAAUGCACAGCAAAGUGUUUAGACCCAUUGGUAAAGAGUCUAAAAAUCGUGUGGUGGAGCUCCAGGAUGGAGAGAAUCUGAAUUUGGACUACACCCACACUUCGGAAUCCAGUGACCAAUUCUCAGCCAUGACCAGCCUCAGUGCCAAAAACUACAUACAGCCCACUCCAGUUGGCCACACUAGCGCAAGUGUAAUCCCACUAAUCAAAACAGGACGGGACAUGCACAGCGUCAUGCACCGUGACUCUGGUGUCACCCGCUUCUUUGUCUGUCAGAUUUACACUGUCGAGGGAAGCAAAUAUGUCAAGAUCCGCUCUCCUUUCCAGAUCAUCAAUCACUUUUCGGUGGCGUUCCGUGUUUAUGAGGGAUCUGAGUGUCUGGGCGUCUCUCUGCCUUCAGAGGAGUUCUGUGUGCCUCUGGGCUCCUACAGAGCUGAACUGAGCCUGCAGCCUGUAACCGAAGGCGAGGAGCAGUACGACCGCUCCGAGUGUUUCACUUACACUGAGGUGAAUCAGAAGCCCGGAGAGUGUCUGGAGAAAACCUGCCAUCAUCAGGGAGACAGCACCCAGAUGCUGAAGGUCAACAUGGUUCCUGUCCCAGACGCUCUGAUGACACACAGCCCUGAGGAGGAGUAUGACAAGCCCAUCAUUCUGCACCUGUGGCCCACCGUUCUCCUCCGCAACCUCCUGCCGUACCCCAUCACCUUCAAGAUAAAGGGCAAUGGAAAUUUCCCCUCUUCCUUACUGAAAGCGGGCCACUCCUCCCAGAUCCACACCGCUAUCAUGGAUUUCUCCACUCUGGAGCUGAAGCUGCUGGGAUACCUGCAGCAGGACUGGGAGUCCAAGUACAGUCUGUGCAGCGACGGUGACGAGCUCAGCUUCAUCACCUUCCACUCGCUGGCAGUGGACGAGGAGACGGAGAUGGAGACCGAGACGGAGCUCCACAUCGCGGUGCAUGUUAAGAAGGAGGAGGGUCAGCUGGUGGUGGCCAUCCACUCCCCGUACUGGAUGGUGAAUAAGACGGGCAGACUGCUGCAGUACAAGGCAGACGAUAUUCAUCGCAAACACCUGAAGGAUUACGACAUGCCCCUCCUCUUCUCUUUCAAGCCACGCAACUUUCUGCAGAACAACAAGAUUCGCCUGAUGAUCUCAGAAAAAGAAUUAUCAGGGGAUUUCUCCAUCGACACUGUUGGGAGUUACGGUGACGUCAAAUGCAAAGGGGAACAGAAGGAUUACAUGGUGGGAGUGAAGAUCGACACCACCAGCUUCAGUUUGACUCGGUUGGUGACGUUCCUGCCCUUCUACACGCUGGUGAACAGAACCAAGCACGUAAUCCGAGUCUGUGAGGAAGGUCUGGAUCAGUGGACCGAGGCCCGACCCGGACAGGUUGCGGUUCCAUUCUGGCCAGAAAGAGACUCAAGGAAACUCCGAGUCAUAGUGGAGGGCUGCCAAUCGUCGCCACAGCCGUUUGAUUUCCACCAGACGGAGAACUGCCUCCUGCUGCACCUGGACAGAACCCUGGGUGGUAUUAUUGUGGAUGUGAAUCUGACGGAACAUUCUUCCGUCAUCCGGUUCUCUGAUUACCACGACGGCGCCGCUCCAUUCCUCCUCAUCAACCACACUAAAGACGAGACGCUCCAGUUCCACCAGAGCUCUCAGGAAGAAAUGGAUGAGCUGGCUCCAGGUCAGGCGGUGUACUACACCUGGGCUGAACCGACCGGCUCAAGAAUACUGAGCUGGAAGUGGGGCAAGUACAAAGGAGAGCUCAAGAGCGAGAAGGACCAGUUGUUGGAUGUGAACAAGGAGGGAAAAUUCUUUGUCAUCUCUUUUUAUGAAGGCCUCCAACGUGUGGCGCUUUUCACCACCGAGCACUGUGUCUUCAAGAAGAUUUGCGAUAAUGAGAAAAUAGAGCUGGCUGAACAGGAAACCUGCAUUUCGUUACAGAACAUGGGCGUCUCACUGGUCAACAACACCAUCAGCCAGGAAGUGGCCUUUAUUGGCAUCACCAGUUCUGAUGUGGUGUGGGAAACCAAGCCGAAGAAGCGCAGCCGAUGGAAGGUUUUAAGGGUUAAAGAGGCUGCAAUGUUGGAGCAGUGCUACAGAGAAUAUAUGGAGAGCGGGCCAGUGGACCGCAUCAUCAUUGACCUUGAGAACGAAUACCAGGUGUUGUUUGCUGCUAAUGGGGUGGACAUGAGGAUACUGCAGCCCUUUGACGCUCCGCUCAGGAGGAACUUCCUGCCAGCAUUAAAGGUGGAGUACAGUGUCUCCACCCGCCAGAAAACCUACAGAGUCCAGAUCAACAGGAUUCAGAUCCAAAAUCAGUUGCCUGGAGCCAUCUUCCCAUUCGUCUUCUACCCCGUCAAACCGCCCAGAUCAGUCAGCAUGGACUCAGAGCCGAAACCGCUCGCUGACGUCAGCAUCAUUACCAGAGCAGCCGGACACUCUGACAUUCUGCGCAUCAAGUAUUUUAAAGUGUUGAUUCAGGAGAUGGACCUGCGGAUAGAUCUUGGGUUCCUGUAUACCAUACUUGAGCUCCUCACUGCUGAGCACGUCAGUGUGGUCACGUCUGAACAGCAGGUGGUGUUGUUUGAGAAGGACAUUGAGUAUUUGAAGACCGAGCUCUAUCAUAGUUCAGCUACAGACACGUCCCCCAUCAGCCUUUACGAAUACUUCCACAUCUCUCCCAUAAAGCUUCACUUGAGUUUCUCUCUGAGCACCGGUAGUGAAGACAGGAAUAAGAAAGAGCGCGGGUCAGAGGUCAUUCCGGUUCAUUUGCUCAGCGUCCUGCUGAAGAGUAUUGGAGCUACACUCACUGACGUUCAGGACGUCCUCUUCAAACUUGGGUUUUGUGAGCUGAAGUACCAGUUCCGCACCACUCAGCAGCUGCAGUCGGAGGUCAUCGGACAUUAUUCCAAACAGGCUAUCAAGCAGAUGUAUGUUCUGGUUUUGGGUUUAGAUGUCCUCGGGAAUCCUUUCGGACUGAUCCGUGGUCUGUCUAAAGGCGUCAAGGCCUUCUUUUAUGAGCCUUAUCAGGGUGCCAUACAGGGACCAGAGGAGUUUAUGGAGGGCAUGACGCUCGGUGUGAAGGCUCUGGUUGGAGGUGCUGUGGGCGGUCUGGCCGGAGCGGCGUCUCGGAUCACGGGAGCCAUGGCUAAAGGUGUAGCGGUCAUGACCAUGGAUGAGGAGUAUCAGAAGAAGAGGCGCAAGGCCAUGAACAAGCAGCCCAGCGGAGUGAGAGAAGUCCUGAGACGAGGAAGGAAGGGACUCAUCUCUGGGUUUGUGAGCGGCAUCACAGGCAUUGUGACUAAACCCAUUAAAGGAGCUCAGAAGGAAGGAACGGCGGGUUUCUUUAAGGGUGUGGGCAAAGGUUUGGUGGGAGCUCUGACCAGACCAACAGGGGGCAUCAUAGACAUGGCCAGCAGCACCUUCCAAGGCAUCAAAAGAGCUGCAGGGACGUCUCAGGAUGUGGAGAGUUUACGUCCUCCUCGGUUCAUCCAUGAGGAUGGAGUCAUCCGGCCGUACAAAGAGAGGGAGGGCAUUGGCAGCCAGAUGCUGCAGAGUAUUGAAAACGGACGGUUUGCCAAGUACAGAUACUUUGCUCAUGCUAAGGUGAACGAAUCAGAUUUCCUGAUGAUCACUAAAAAGGGGAUAUUUUUCGUGACUAAGGGCACGUUCGGGGAGCUGACGUGCGAGUGGCAGUAUCUGUUUGAUGAGUUUACCAAAGCGCCCAUAGUCAUGGAGGGCAGGAGACUGCAUAUAGAAGCAAAGGAACGAGUCAAAUCAGUGUCUCGUGCCAAAGAGUUUGGGAAGAUCAUCAGUUUCAAAACUCCAGAAUUAGCAAAGUGGGUUCUUGCCAAGCUUGAGGACGCCAGGGAAACUCUACCGAAGUAAGGACAGUUAAAGCCACGUGCGAUGAUCCUGCGCUCAGCUCUGUGCCUUUAUGCUGCUUUUGCAGUGAGUCACUUUACAUUAUACCCACAAUGCAACAGUCAUUCACUAAACACUGAAUACCACAUUGGUAAUGACUGUUAGACUGUGUGUUUGUGUGUUGAGUUUACAUUAUAUUGUACCUUUCUUUCCCUCUCACUGUCUGAGCCCAAUCUGUCAAAUGACAAACUCAAUUACAUAUGAAGUUUUUACAAUGUGUCUUUACACUCGGUUCAGCCACUGGAUACAUGUCUCAACUAAAGCCACACUAAAGUGUAAAUUAUGAUGUUAUUUAAUACACAUUAAUAAAGACCAAUACUCUGUAUGUAUUUUGUU